CUCAUAUCUGAACGAAGGAGACGACUCAUGAAAGCUAGGGGAACCAGCGACGCGAGAUGUUGCACACAUCCGACUCUUACGACCACCGCAGUGUGAGCGAUGCUAGGAGCAAACCGUGGAUGCCAGGCAAAAAUGAUCCCGCGGGCCAGCAGAAUGGUGGACGGGGCGUGUGUGCGGUGGCCGCACACGACCAUGGCGGGCCUCUGGUUGCGUCCUACAACGACCCGGGCCUAUCUCUUGCCACGGACGACAUGCGCACACGCAUGACACUCGCCCUCGAAGACGAGCUCCACGACGACCCCGCCAUGGCCGCUCUCUUCGAGCCGAAGCGCUCUCUCACCGGAGGCGCCACCUUGAAGCCGUGCAUCGUCCCGGGCAAUGCGCUCCAGCUGAUCGACGACGAUCCCACUGCCUCACGCUCGCACACGCCGUCGUCCGUCAUCGUCCUCGAGAGCGACCCGCAGCUGGAUCCCGCCGCGCCGCACGACGCCAGCGCAGACAGCUCCGCCGACCUCGAGGCGCCGCAGCGCCGCCCUGUCCCGCGCGUCCGCUUUCGUUCACGAGUACGCAUCACGUCUGGGUUGCGCCGGAGCAAGCACAUCGAAGGUGACGCUGCGAGCCCCGCGAGCUCGGCGAGCGACUCGCCCUCGUCGUCCAUCUCGGCGCCGCUGCGAUGGCAGGCGGACGAGAACACCGCGUGGGGCCCUCUCGGCCGCAGAUUGAGCGCAUAUGCACAGCAGAACGGGUGGCAGAAACGCGCGCCGAGCGCUGGCCCCCGACAUGGGGACGUGCGCGCCCCGGUGCCCCACCGCCAGCCCCAACCGCGGGCGAAGAUGGACGAGCGCACGCCGUUGGUUAGGACUGGGCGGCAUGUUGCGUAUGUGGAUGCGGGGCUGGAUGGUGGGAGAGAUGCAGACGACGAGAGGCUACCUGAAGGCGAGUACGAGGAUAGCGACGAUGAGAGUGAGCGGGAUCAUACGUUGCGGAAGGCUGCGCUAAGGCGAGAAGAAGAAGCUAUUUUUGGUCCAUGGCCAUGGAGACUGUUCAACAGACAUUGGUGGUGGUGGCAUACCGAGCCCGUUCUACGUUGCUUAUGCGCUGAUGAUCCAGAAUACGAAUAGUGAUUGCAACGCUCAUCAGACGAUAUCCACGUUAUUUCAUACAUACUUCGCGUUUAUUCUUAUUCCCAUGUAUUGCGCUAUGUCCAUGUAUACGUAUCAGUUAAGAAUCCA